AUGUCCGACAGUACGGGUUACGCGGUGAAUGAUCUUGUUUGGGCUAAAAUGAAGGGAUUCUCACCCUGGCCCGGCCGCAUCUCGGUUCCACCAGCAGAGUUGCGUAAAAUCGCUGUCAAAAAGAAUAACCCGGUGAAGUGCAUCUUCUUUUUCGGAUCCAACAAUUACGCCUGGAUCGAGGAAACGCAAAUAAAACCAUAUCUGGAGUUCAAAGAGUCGCUGCUAAACUCUUGCAAAACAGCUCAGUUCAAAGAGGCGCUGAAACAGAUCGAAGAAUUCCGUGUGAAUCCCGAGAAAUUUCAGCCGCUGUUCGUUGGAGAAAAUGAAGCUGCCAAUCGCCCGGAUCCGGACGAGGAGUUUAACAGAUUGCGCGAGGGUGGUACCACAAGUGGUACGGAGGAAAGUGGCGCCGAGGACUCGCCGGCGGUCAACAACACGUCCACUCCAGCUGCCCUGGAGUCGGUGGACGACGUCUCCACACCGCUGGUGAAGAAGUCGGCCAAGAAGAAAGUACGUGCCUCGUUGCCAAUCAAGUUGAACGUGGACAAGGUGACGUCGGUCACGAAAGUACGCUCGAUCGGUAAUAAGACGAAAGCUACCGCCUUGGACGAUAGCACAACCGGUACGCCUUCUCCAAAGCGCAAGAAGAAGUUGUUGAACGAUUCGGAACUGUCCUCGCUGGAUAUCGACAGUUACUCGAGCCCGGUUCGACGCAACGCCCCGGUUACGCAUCUGUUGAACCGUCCGAUGACCGUCAACCGGCCAGCCACACCCGAGAUCGACAUGUCGAGCGUUUCGAAUGCGGUCCAAUCGCGCAACAUCAAGGCAUCGGAGCUGAAGUUCGGCUUUCUCGGGCUGGGCGUUAUGGGUUGUGGGAUCGUGAAAAAUCUUAUCAAAUCCGGCCACUCCGUUGUAGUCUGGAACCGGAGCGCCAACAAAUGCCGCAAGUUCCAGGAGGUCGGAGCCCAGGUGGCGGAAACACCGUCCGACGUGGUGGAAAUGACGGACGUCACGUAUUCGUGCGUGUCGGACCCGCAGGUGGCCAAGGAUAUGGUGUUCGGAAAUUGUGGAGUCAUGUCGGCGACUUUAGCUGGCAAGGGCUAUGUCGAGAUGACCGGCGUCGAUCCUGAAACGUCCAACGACAUUAACGAAGCAAUCAUCUCCAAAGGAGGCCGUUAUUUGGAAGCACAAAUACAAGGCUCUAAAACACAAGCGGAAGAGGGUACACUUAUCAUUCUGGCAAGUGGCGAUCGGCUGUUGUUCGAGGAAUGUCAAAGCUGUUUCGAAGCUAUCUCGCGCAAUUCCUUCUACCUGGGCGAUGUUGGCAAUGCGACAAAGAUGAAUCUUGUCCUGCAGAUGAUUUCUGGUAUUACUCUGGCCGGCGUUGCAGAAGCAAUGGCUUUAGCGGACCGUGCUGGAUUGCAACAGAAGGACGUGCUAGAGGUGCUUGAGCUGACUAACAUGUCGUCUGAGAUGAUGCUGCAAAAAGGCAACGCAAUUAUCAAGGGCGAAUUUCCAACCCAUCAAGCAUUGAAGCACAUGCAGAAGGACCUGAAGCUGGCGCUGAGCCUGGCCGAUGGCCUGGAACAAUCGCUACCAAUUACGGCUGCUUCAAACGAGGUUUACAAGCACGCCAAACGCCUUGGCUAUGGAUCGCACGACGCCAGUGCCGUUUACGUACGGGCACGGUUUUAACAGCGACCGGAUGGCCGACCGUCGUAGGGCGUCGUACGCCACCGUGCAAGCGCUGCCGAGUAGAACGAUAACAGGUGGGGAAAAGUACCGCUUAGAGGAAUGUUGACAUCAUUUAGGAUGAAGUAUGUACAGAGCAUGCACUUUCAAACGUAUAUGUGUCCUGCUGUGACACUGCCCAGAUCUCCCACGAUAGAUCCCUUGUACGACCACCUUUGUCGUCGCAGGCCGUUGUUUGAUGCGUGGGGACAUUUUCUUCCCGAGAACUGGUAGCUUUUUUUUGUUUGACAUCGAACUUUCGAUCAAUUUUGAUAGAAGACAUGUAUGAGACGAGCACUGCGUAUACAGCCAAAAGGUGGUAUCGCAGCCGUUGUUUAUGCUCAAGGCAGGGAUAGAAAAUGUUUUUUUACUGUUUUUGUUUCCUACGAAUGAUGCUACUACUUUACCGGAGCUUAUUUCUGCCUUUAAAUUUGGCUAGGGUGUUUAUUUUUAAAGUUUCUUUGCCAUGUGUGUGAAGUUUCUAUUUUUUAACAAUGUACAUCUGUGCAAAUGUAUGCAAAUAUAUUGAUUGGCUAUAAAAAGCGAAACCGUUUAGUUUUGAGCAUUGCUCGUCCAGUUUUUACGAAAGUGGAUAAGGAGCAUGAUGAGAAUAUUUUUUAGGUACGUAGGUCGCAAGGGGAUCGGGCGAAGAAUUCCUUGACGGCUCUGAACAGCAACAGAUACGAUGAAUAGUCGACACUGCAAUAGAAAAUCCUGUAAAGGAUGGUAUAUAUAUAAACACUUUUUUUUCGAAAGAGUUUUCUCUCUUAGUUUUCUUCUUUCAAUGUUUACAUGUUCAACAUACUUUCUGCUAGAUUAUAUGAAGGUAAAUCGUAAUGAAAAAAUGUAAAGAGGCAGGAAAAUAAAGCAUCAAAAUAUUGUAUGGGAGAGCGGCACUCUAGCAUUAGCGUAGAGCAGUUAGUUUUCCCUUUUCCUUUUUUAUUAUUUUAAGUUAGAUUUCAUUAGUACGCACGUGUGACACUGAAAUAUUGUCUUGUUGCAGCAUACGUAUAGUUGUUUUAGCCUUCUUUUUCUUAAGUACGAAACCGUCGUCAUAAAUUGCUCUAUAGCGUAACUUACGAGCCGUAUUUGCUUCCUCAUUUUUAAAUCAAAUCAACUAAAUAAUCACGCUGAACGUUCUCGUGUAAGUACAACAUUUCAUCGCUGCUAAACCGGACUGACUUUUAGCGAAUGAAGAUGGCGAAAGUAAACAAAAUCGAUAGCGAAAAGUAAAUGAAAUACAGAAGAGAAAGAUAAAUACAUCUUGUAAAACAACAGAGUAAUCGUCAUAAUGUAGCAAAACUAGGAACUUCCCGACAAAUAGUUGCGGUGAGAUCGUGAAGUGUUAGGAUAUUUUUUGGCAAUUGAAAUAAAAUAUUAA